UUCUUGACAAAAGCCCUUCAAGUCAAGACAAGACCCCCUACUCUACUAUACCACCUUCUUCCUCCUCGCUCUCUCUCUCUCUCUCUCUCCCUUUCUCUCUUUCUCUCUUCACAGUUCAAGAGAGAGAGACCAAAACAAAUUAAAGCAGGCAAGAAGGGACAAGAUCCCCGGCCCUCUCAACUGUGGGAUUAGCAAGCGGUACACACGCACCCCACAAGGCAGGCGAAAGAGAGCGUCUGCCUGUCAGAUGCAUCAAGACAAGAAGUUGCAGGGUGCGUGAAGAGCAAGAAGAACACAGGACAGGAGAAAGAAAGAAAGAAAGAAAGAAACGGUCAAGCCGCCUGCUCUGCUCUGCUCAAGCCGGUCUCUUUUGUGCUGUAAAACCCAGUGCCCUGAAGCAAGGCAGCCAGGAGCGCAAAGAGUCUCUCUACUGGGAGUGGGAGGUCGAGGCAGCAAGAGUUUCGGCUUGGAGGUCGAGGAUGGAGGAGGCCAGCAGCAGCUCGGGCCAUCCGAGGCACAGGGGCCCUCCUCCUCAUCAUGUGCUUGGCUAUGGUGGCUUCCAUGCCGCCAUGGCCAUGCCAACCAACUCCAUGCCUCCCGCGGCCUUCUUCAGCGAGCAAGACGGAGGAGGAGGAGGCGGCGCCUACUUCGGGGAGCUGGAGGAGGCCCUCAUGCACCAGGCCGCCACGCUCAGCAGCAGCAGCGGCAGGAUGAUUUCGCAUUCCCAUUCCCAGCAACAAACUGCAACGGCCACCUCCACGGAUCAUCCUCAUCACCACCACCACCACCACCAUGGACACAACCACGCCAUGCCCUUCCCCAGUACUGUGGUUGAUACUGCUACAGCGGCAGCGGCAGCAGCUAGGCCGCCUCCCACACUGGACAUCUUCCCCUCCUGGCCGCUCGCUCUCCAUCACCACCACACACCCAAGGAGGGUUCAAAUGUGACAGCAGACAGCACGGACUCAGAGAGCAGCAGCAAGAACAACAUCAACAUGGACUCAUCGGAUCAUCAUCAUCAGCAGCAGCAGCAACAGCAAGGGAUGGUAGGAUUAGUCACCGUGGCAGGCCAGUUCCAUCAGAUUUCACAGCAGCAGCACCACCAGCACCAGCAGCAGAAUAUGGCAACAAGUUCCACUCACAGUGACAGGACUGGCAAGGCGGUUGAUCCAAAGACGACGAGGAGGCUAGCGCAGAAUCGAGAGGCUGCAAGAAAAAGCAGGCUUCGGAAGAAGGCUUACAUUCAGCAGCUUGAGAGUGGCAAGCUGAAGCUUGCUCAACUGGAACAGGAUCUCCAGCGGGCUCGUUCUCAGGGACUCUUGGUUGGAGGAGCUCCAGGUGGAAACUCCAGCCCUGGUGCUGCUAUGUUCGAUGUCGAGUACAACAGGUGGCUGGAUGACGACAGCAGGCGCAUGAUUGAGCUCCGGGGAGGCCUGCACGCGCACUUGCCGGAUGGUGACCUCAGGGCCAUCAUCGACGACACCUUGACCCACUACGAUGAGCUCUUUCGCCUCAAGAGUGCCGCUGCCAGGGCGGACGUCUUUCAUCUCAUCACUGGGAUGUGGGCGACCCCAGCCGAGCGCUGCUUCCUUUGGAUGGGCGGCUUCCGGCCCUCUGAUCUGCUCAAGACACUGGCACCUCAGCUUGAUCCCUUGACUGAACAGCAAAUGGUUGGCAUCUGCAGCCUUGAGCAGUCAUUGCAGCAGGCAGAAGAAGCUCUCACCCAGGGCCUGGAGCAGCUCCAUCAGUCAUUAGCAAUCACGGUGGCAGGCAGCGGGUCUCUUAGCGACGAUACCAACAUGGGGAGCUUCAUGGGCGACAUGGCCGUUGCUCUCGGCAAGCUGGCCAACCUUGAAGGCUUUGUCAUACAGGCUGAUAACUUGAGGCAGCAGACUCUUCACCAAAUGCACAGGAUUCUGACAGUUAGACAGGCAGCUCGAUGUUUCUUGGCUAUUGGCGAGUACCAUAACCGCCUCCGUGCCCUAAGCUCCCUCUGGGCUUCUCGCCCUCGAGAGAUACUGAUGACAGAUGAAGGCAAUUGUGGAGAGCUAGCCUACUGAUUCAAAUGUAUCUUGGAACUAACCUUCAAAGUAGGAGCAUAAGCAAAACAACUGGGAACAAAUUUUUUGGAUGUAAUGUAGCAGAUAUGUGAGAAACAGAGAGCUGGGAAACAAAGGAAGCUCAAGAAAUGGGAGAACUUGUCAGAACGCGUAGAACUGUCAUCAGAUUUUCUUGAGUCAAAUGGUUUAAUGUAUCCUGGAGUGAGAACAAAUGAAGGACACCCAGAGUUCAUUAUUGAAAUGGUACUUCAAUUUGUGUUA